ACUCAGAACAGCAGCGGCAGCGCGAAUAAAUAUUAAAUUAAAUUAAAUUAGCAAUAAGAGCACUGUGUGCAUUGAAAGCAAUUGCUCAAUACCAAGUGCCAUACACAUACUAUUCUAGUCUAAAGAAUGUGCAGUUUUAUUCACAUGUACUACGUAGUGCAUUUAUAGUUCCAGGAAUAACGCUGAGAAAAAUCGCCGCCUGUUGCGCCUCUGUUGUGUGUGUCUGCGCUACUCAUAUGUUUACUUGUGUGCGUGCGCGAGCAGCUGAGCCUCAUCGGAAUCGCAAUCGGAAUUGUUUAUAAAAAUUUUUUAAUGCUUCUGCCGCUGGCGCAGAAAACAGUAUGCAAAUGUUGAACAAGCCGGUCGCGUCGUCUCCGUCGCCGUCGUCGUUGUCUUCGUUAUUGUUGUUUUGUUGUUGAGCGUGCGCGCCGCGUAAUCGAAAGUGAUUUGUUAUUAUAAAAAUUCAUUUAACGAUUUUGUUGUUUGUAUUGCACUUCGAUCGGUCAUUGCAUUAAUUGCUCAAUCAACGGCACUUGUGAGCAACUCUCUCACAAUGCUGAGCAGCAAAUCGCAUCGCAGCUCACAUGGCAGCAUCAAGUCAUCGACAUCGCUGCGCUCCAGCAGCAAAUCCUUUCAGGCCAAAAUGGAUAAAAUGUCACAGCAUCUGUACGACAUUGUCAAAAGCGGAUCGAUGGUGAAGCGCGCUCAGAACAAGAAACGCUUCACGCCCGUCAACUACAAGCAUCGUUGGUUCGAAUUGACCAAGCGAACACUCUGUUACUUCGAUGUCGAGAAUGUCGAGCGACGUCGCGAACGUGGACGCAUUAAUCUGAAAGGCGUUCGCCUUGUGGAGGAGGCAACAGUCAACGGUGAGGGCGGUGAUCCCUUUGCCCCGGAUGGUUACCCGUUUCAAGUGGGCUACUGCGAGACACAGCAGCUGCAACAGCAACAAGCGGAGCAACAACAACAACAACAACAGUUGCUGUCGGGCAACGGAGUUGAGGGGCAACUGGUGGGAAGAGCGGUGCCACAAUACACGCUCUACGUGAUAGCCAACAGCGAGAAGGAGCGCAGCGAUUGGAUACGAGCCAUAAGACAAGUUUGCGAGGACAGCAAUACACCGAAAUCGUAUCGCUAUCAUCCUGGUCUGUGGUCGGGCAAGAAGUGGAGCUGCUGCAAGGGAUUAGCACGUGCCACCUUUGGAUGUCGCGCCGCAACUCAUUGGCGUGAGGCCAACAACAAUCCAAGCAACGGCAGUUCUCCAGCCCAGAAUUCGACACGCAGCAUCAGCCCGAACAACUCGACGACCAACAGUCAAUUCAGUUUACAGCACAACAGCUCCGGCAGCCUAGGAGGCGGUGGCAGUGGCAGUGGUAUCGGAGUUGGCGGCGGAGGAGGAGGCUUAGGCAGCCCCAACGGCGUAGGAGGCGGCGGCAGUUGCACACCCACAUCGCUGCAGCCACAGUCCUCGCUGACGACGUUCAAGCAGUCACCCACUUUACUCAACGGCAACGGCUCUCUAUUGGAUGCCAACAUGCCUGGGGGAAUUCCAACACCCGGCACGCCCAACUCCAAAGCCAAAGACAACUCACACUUUGUCAAGCUGGUAGUGGCGCUUUAUCCUUUCAAGGCCAUCGAGGGCGGCGAUUUAUCUCUGGAAAAGAAUGCUGAGUAUGAGGUCAUUGACGACUCACAGGAGCAUUGGUGGAAGGUGAAGGAUGCAGUCGGCAAUGUCGGCUAUAUACCCAGUAAUUAUGUCAAGCCUAAAGCGCUCCUGGGCCUGGAACGUUAUGAAUGGUACGUCGGCGAUAUGUCGCGACAACGCGCCGAGUCCUUGCUGAAGCAGGGCGACAAGGAGGGCUGCUUUGUGGUGCGCAAGUCAUCGACCAAGGGUCUCUACACACUCUCGCUGCAUACCAAAGUUCCUCAGUCGCAUGUGAAGCACUAUCACAUCAAACAGAACGCCCGCGGCGAGUAUUAUCUGAGCGAGAAGCAUUGCUGCGAAACCAUACCGGAUCUGAUUAACUAUCAUCGCCAUAAUUCGGGCGGACUGGCGUGCCGCUUGAAGUCAUCACCAUGCGAUCGUCCUGUGCCACCAACAGCGGGCUUGUCCCACGACAAAUGGGAAAUCCAUCCCAUGGAACUGAUGCUGAUGGAGGAGCUGGGCUCGGGGCAAUUUGGUGUUGUGCGACGCGGCAAAUGGCGCGGUUCCAUCGAUACCGCAGUCAAGAUGAUGAAGGAGGGCACCAUGUCCGAGGAUGAUUUCAUUGAGGAGGCCAAGGUCAUGACCAAAUUGCAGCAUCCAAAUCUAGUGCAGCUCUAUGGCGUUUGCUCCAAGCAUCGUCCCAUCUACAUUGUCACCGAAUACAUGAAGCAUGGCUCGCUGCUCAACUAUUUGCGCCGGCACGAGAACACGCUCAUCGGCAACAUGGGCUUGCUGCUGGACAUGUGCAUACAGGUGAGCAAGGGCAUGGCCUAUCUGGAGCGGCACAACUACAUUCAUCGCGAUCUGGCGGCCCGCAAUUGUCUCGUUGGCUCCGAGAAUGUCGUCAAAGUGGCCGACUUUGGUUUGGCGCGUUAUGUGCUCGACGAUCAAUACACAAGCUCUGGCGGCACCAAGUUCCCCAUCAAAUGGGCACCACCCGAGGUGCUUAACUACACACGCUUCUCCUCCAAGAGUGAUGUUUGGGCUUACGGCGUGCUCAUGUGGGAGAUCUUCACCUGUGGCAAAAUGCCCUAUGGCCGUCUAAAGAACACCGAAGUCGUCGAGCGUGUGCAACGCGGCAUUAUACUAGAGAAACCAAAGUCGUGUGCCAAGGAGAUAUACGAUGUCAUGAAGAAGUGCUGGUCGCAUGGGCCCGAGGAGCGUCCCUCGUUCCGGGUGCUCAAAGAGCAGCUGGCACUUGUGGCCCAAACGCUGACCGACUAAGCGGAUCAUGGAGCAAACGGAUCGUCUGGAUCACGCACUGAUUAGCAAACACAGCAUAACAAACAUAAAACAUAAACCCCAUUAUAAAAAACAAACAGAAAGAAAAACAAAAGAAAAAAACACAUAAUAAUAUUAAGUAAAGAGCUAAAGUUAAUGAUGGAUAUACAGACGAAGAUAAUGGAUGGCAUUAAACUAAGUUAUUGAGAAGCGUGUGUCUGGAUCGAGUACAUAGAUUUGUAAUAUGUAUAUGAACGGAAAUUGUAGUUCAGAGUUUACGAUUAUGAUUAUUAUUCACUUUAAUGGCAUACUGAAUUAUUUAUAAUAGAGCUAAAGCUGAGCAAAUGA